AACUCAAUUUAACGUUCUAGAAUCAUUGAUUUCAGAUAGCGAAAUUCUCUGUCUUAUUGGGAAAUGAGUCUGAAUUCUUCCCUACUUUAGCUAAUUAGCUCUGCGAUUUUUUUUAUUUUAUUUAAAUUUUCUGUUCUUACGGUCUGAAGAGGAGGUGAAAGGUGGUCUCGUCGUCGGUUGAGAGUCUGCUUUUGUGGGGAGCAGGAGCAAGAGAUGCGAAUUAUCGACAUACUGAACAGCGGUGACGACGACACCGACGACGAGUGCGACGGUGAAAGAACCAGAAAGGGGGAGCAUGUUGCGUGUUCUUUGCCAACGGGGAUUGUCUCACAUUGGUUUUAUUUACUCAAGCGAGAGUCCAAGGGGAAAAGCAGCAGGUCCAAGGGUAGGUUUGCGUCGUCGAGGUCUGAAGAGAAGAAGAGAGACGAUGAGUGGUGGAGGAAAGGAAAGAAGAUUGAAAGAGAAGUUGGAGGGUCUCUGUUUUUGUGCAGUUCGAAGGAUGGAGCAAAAGGUGAAUCAUCAUCGUCGUCCGUCUCAGAAGAUACUGCCGGUACUUCUAAUGUUGUCGCUCCAUUAGGAAAGCAUAUGAAGGAUCUCUCCUUCAACCUAGGUCUGGGAGUUGGUCUGGCGUUUCUCGUUGCUGCAACAAAAAAUGAAUACCGUAAGAUGAUGGAGCUGCAAGCACAAAUGGAAAUUCUUCUUAAAGAAGCUAAAGAUGGACUAUGUAGGGGAGAUGUAAUAUCUAAGAAUUCUGAUCCACAUGAUAACCUCCCUUGUUUCACCGAAGAGUCACAUGGUGGUGGAAAGACAGAUUACCAUCUUUCUGUUCAAAAUUGUGCAUCAUUUCAGCAUAUGGUAGAUUCAGAAAUUAUCCCAGAAUGUGUUGAGUUUUCAAAAGGUGAUACACCUACAAGAGAAGGUGUAGUGGGAAUGGAUCUUCUGGAGGAAGAGAUUCAAUCCAAAUUGGAACAAAUGCAGAUCAAUUUGGAUACUGGUGAUGGGCAUCUAGAAGAGCAAUUGAGAGAGCAGGUGGAUGAUGAUACUAUUCCCUCUGGAAGCCAAAGUACAAGUACUGUAGAAGCGGACAACCUACAAGAGGCAGAUAGUGAGGAUUACUACGGAGUUUCUCCUAGAAAGCUAGAGAGAAGGUUGCAUGAGCUACUGGAAGAAAGACAGCAAGAACGGAUUGCAGAGCUUGAAUUUGCUUUGGAGUGUGCAAUGAGCAAACUCCAUGAGAAAGAAAUGGAGGUUUCAUGGUGGAAGGACACUGCACGGCUCAUCUCUCAGCAUGUUCCUGAAGCCACACGCUUGUCAAGUUAAGUGCCAUGGUUUCAAGAAGCCAUUUCAUCAAGAAAGUCUUGAUGUAGCACAUAUCUGUAAAUCUUUUGUUCUUUUUUUCUUUGUUAUGCUUCUUUUCUAUUGGGUGAAACAAUUUGUGGAGUAUAUACGGAGGAAGACAAGAAGAUGAGAAGAUGAAAAACAAUGGGGAGAAAUAGGAUUGAUUUUGUUGUAUAGGGUGUUAAUGCACUUAUCUAGUGAUGAAUUUGCGGUUUUAUAGUUAUCCUUG